UUGAUAUCUAAUUGUAAUUACAGCUGGGUACAAGUAGCUUGUCCACGCUUAUCAAUUGAUUGGGGUUCGGCCUUCGAUAAACCACUUUUAACACCUUACGAAUUGGCUACUGUGCUUGAAUAUGUUCCAUUCCUGACUCACUCUUAUCCGAUGGAUUUCUAUGCAAAUGAGAGUCUAGGACCAUGGACAAAUAAUCACGGACUUCACAGAGUCAACACUUCCAAGCGUUCGAAACGAGAUCAUGUUACAAUUGUUGCAUCACAAAAUUGA